UCAGAGAGACCUAUUUAUUCAUCGCUGUGCGGACUGGUUUGAUCACAUAGACAGUAAUUUCAGCUGUGCAGACCAUCUUGACCAGAUAGACGAACAUAUACCAGGCUGGGCGGACCAACUAGACAAAUGGGUAGGAUGAUGUGUUUUGCGGUCAUCAAGAAGCAUUUCAAGACGCUGGUUUUAGGAUUUAUACUUAUCUGCUGUUUGCUGCGUUUUCUAGAGAUUGGCCGAAAUUUCAAAACGCGCGUUGAAGGUCAGAUUGCCGGAUGGAAACACGAAAGGUCACGUGCAGAUGGUGCUGUGUCAAACGAUGAUGAUGUAAAUGAGGCGCCUCCCCUUCGAAUAUCCUGCUGGAUUAUGACAAACCCUAAAAACCUAGAAAGCAGAUCGAGAUAUAUCCAGAUGACGUGGGGUAAACGUUGCGACAGAGUGGUGUUCAUCAGCUCAGAAACGAACACCACUUUCCCAACUGUCGGAAUUAAGGUUUCGGAAGGCCGAAAUCAUCUGACCGAAAAGACCCUUGGUGGAUACCACUAUGUCUAUGAACAUCACUUGGAUGACUGUGAUUGGUUCUUUAAAGCUGAUGACGAUACUUACCUCAUUGCAGAAAACCUUCGCCUCUUCCUGGCACAAUUCGAUACAAACAAACCCAUAUAUUUCGGCCAUCACUUUAAGACACUUAUCAAACAAGGGUACUCGAGUGGCGGAUCCGGAUUGGUCGUCAGCAAAGAGGCCCUGAGAAGGUUUGGUCAACAUGGACAUGACCCCAAAAUAUGUCGUCAAACUGGCACGGCGGGUGAUGUUGCUUUUGGUCAGUGUAUGGAAUCCCUUGGAGUACCCAUUGGCAACUCUACUGAUUCCAAAGGCAGGAGUCGUUUCCACUGUUUGAAUCCAUCAGCUCACAUUAAUGGGGGUUAUCCAAAUUGGUACUAUUCUUAUGACGCAAAUGGAGCUAAAAAGGGCAUCAGUAGCAUGAGUGACCACCCCAUCUCAUUCCAUUACGUUGGCGGCAAAAAACAAUUGGAGUUGGAGUAUCUUAUCUACCACACAGGUGCACAUGUACUUGAUAAAGCUGGUCCUCCACUCAACAAUAUGAAAUAAUUAGUCAUGUCAGACUGCGUUGUAUUCAUCUAUAAACAUCACUGUAGAAUUAGACUUAGUAAAGCGAGUUAUAGGGUAAAUCCAUUGAUUCCAAACACGCGCCAUCUUAGUUGCAGUCACUUCCUGAACAGCAAGCACCAGAGUUACCUCCCUUACACCAGCAUUCCUCUCGUCCACUACAAUUUAUACAAGUAGAAACUACUGCAGAGCAUCAAUUGUUCCCCGUCAUGUAAUGUAAUAUUCGGAGAAAGGAAGUGUAAGUGAG